GACUUUCAGUUCCCUUUUCAAAACAAUGGUGACUGGUCGUGUGUGUUUGUAGGAAUGUGUGUGAGGGUCAAAAGCAAAGGCUUUGCGUCUGUGUCAGUGUAGUCUUUGAAGAAACGGAUUGCUAGACCGUGAUGUGGCUCCAAGAAGAAGACAGCAUUGCCGCAGACUUCAGUGGUGAAAGCAGCAGCACCUCUGAAGAUGAAGAAGAUAUUCAGUGUGAGAUUCUGGAGAAGCAGAGGGAUGAGGCCAAUGAGAAGCUGUUUAAAAUAGAGGAGGUUACCUCUCAGCUGUUGAAGGAAAUGGAUGUUCUAGAGAUUCAGUUCCAGAUUGAGCGCUCCUGCAGAGAGAGUGCAGAGGCUCUGGCCGUCAGGGUUACCAAAGAAAACAAGGUUCUGAAGAGGAAAAGCCAGGCACUAAUGCCAUUUAUCCCUGAGCUUCCGGAAGACAUUGAGACCAUGGCUUGCGAAACUGUUGACCUUGGGGUCGACCCCGGUCCUGAUGAGGACAGCGAAGUCGUGCUGCAAGGACAGGAACAGAUCAGAGAUUUACAGGCCUCGAUAGACCAGCUGCUGGGGGAGAAACUGCAGCUGUGUGAAGAGGUGGAAGCCCUGAAGAGAGAGCAAAGCCUGCUCAAAGAACAGUUGAUCCUGGAGAUUGCUGAGAAAGAAAACGUACUGAAGAAACUGACCAGGCAGAACAAAACCCUAAAUAAGAUGAAGAGAGUGUCCCAUCUUGUGACAGAGGAAUUCACAGAGAUCAAUCAGAAACUAGAGUUGGAGCAGGAUCUCAGACAGCAUGCAGAGGUCUUCGCCCAUCAGGUGUUAGUGAAGCAGACGGAGACCCAGAGACAGAGCCUGGUGCUGCAACACAGUUCAGAGACCAAUCUCCAGCUCCAACAGGCUCUCGAGCAGGUGGCCCAGAUCAAGAGUACCCUACAGGACAUACAACUCUAUUACCAAAACCAGGUCAGUCAGAUCCAGUGUACUCUGAAAGAGAGCAGUGUUCUAUCGGAGCUGCAGUGUGUCAGAGGCCAGCUAGAGAGAAGUGAGGAAGAGAGGAGGAACAUGGACACCCGGCUGAAGGAGGCUCAGAGCACCAUCGCCCAGCUCCAGGGGGAAGUGAAACAGCUCCAGGAUAGGCUGAAAGACUUGGAGAAAGACAGUGUUUCCGAAGCUGGCCAACCAGGGGAGGACAACUCAACCUCUGCACCUCCGACUCCUCCACUUCCUCCGCCGCCCCCCCCCCCCCCCCCGCCACCACCUCCCUGCAGUCCUGCUGUUGAUCCACUUAUCGUCCUGCGCAACAAGAGAAAGGCGUCAACCUGCAACACUGAUAAGAAUAAGCCAGAUCCCACUGUGGACAUUAAGUUCCAAGCAGUUAAUGAGAUGAUGGAGAGGAUUAAGAAAGGAAUCGUCCUGAGACCAAUGCAGAGAUCACAGGAUACAGCAGAAGACAGUUCCUGGAGGGACCAGAGGAAUGAGAAGAGAAAAUCAGCUGUGCUGGAGCUGAAAGGAAUGCUGGACACCAUGAAGCACACAGGCCACAGGAGGGCGGCGUCACGGAAAAGGAUCAGUCGAAAGGUGGGGGAGGAGGAGUUACUGCUGGUGCUACAGAGGAGGAGGCGGGCCAUAGGGGAUGGAAUUGACACCACCAGCUCCUGCCCUUCCACAACCUCUACCAACAUACAAGGUCCCCAGCCAAGUGGCCUGGCUGGAGGUGCCCUUCCCUUGACAGGAGAGAGUGGCGGCUCCCCUGUGCUCCGGAGGCUGCAGCAUAACAGAGAGAAGAGGAACUCCCGUAUUAGAGCAUCAGCACUGUUAAUCUGCCAGGAACAAAUCUGAGAGUUGAGAAACGGCUUGACUAGUGUGCAUCAUAUUGUUUCCAAAACCUCCAGUAACCCCCUUUCUGAUUUUGUGUGAAAAUGUCCCAUCCAUGAUGAUGGAACUGCCCUUCACUUUUAAUAAUACUUAUUUUUUGCCACUUUGGUUGAGACACUUAACUAUGUUGCUGGGGACCCAAAAAUAUGCAGAUUUUUGUUUUUGCCCCUAGCACUAAUUUAUUGAUUUAAAUAAUCAUGGUUUGAUUAAAAAUAACUGUUUGAAUUGGCAGUUGUAAAGCAAGAAAUACAGAAAGACAGUUGUAAAGCAAGAAAAACACAUCAAUGGAUAUAACCUAUCAUGUCAUACACAUUCCAUGUUUCAACUAGGAAUGUGAACAAAGAACACACCGUAAUUCUGAAAUUAUGCUCUUAUUGUGGAAUAUUUAGUGCACCAAUGUCCUCAUAUACUAAUGUGCUCAUAUACUAAUGUCCUCAUAUUCCUUAUUUGUUGUAUUGGGGUCACUGCAACCUGAUACCUGUUUAGAUGCUUCAGAUGUAUAAUGAACACUUUUUAUAUGACUUGAAGUUCUAAAAGAUUUGAUUCAUGACUGAGUUACUAUUUGGAAAGAAAGCUCACAUACCAGUAAUUUGAAACAUACACAAACCACAACCAGGGGUGGAAGCCACCUUUCCUUUCAUUCUGCACUCAUUCUGGGCCUCCUUAUAGCUGGAGACCUAGCCCCUUUUAGUUAGCUCACACAACAAAGGAAUGGGGCCUGCUCCCAUUUAGGCACUUUAUAUACCCUGGUUUGCGAAGGUGUUGUCAAGCUAGGUGCGCUCAGGUGAUCUUAACAGUCACCCAGCUUUUGAAAGUGUCUGAAAUGGAGGCUGGAUAGAUAGAGCCUUUUUGCGUUCACACGUACACACCCCCUGCUCUUUGUUAAAAGCAUUUGAAAAAGAUGGGAUUACUUUCACACUUUGACUCUGACACCAUUUUAGUGUCUGCUGCGUGCUGUUUUCUCAUUAUAUAUUUAUUUAAUUUAG